AUGGAAUGUUUGGUUGAUGGAAGCUUUGUGUCACAAAGCUCAAAUCAGUAUGGUAAUGCAAAGCCAAUUUCCAAUGCAGGGCCGAAUCGAGAUAAUCUUCAGAGAGACGUUGAAUUAAAUAAAUUCUUGGCCAAGGCUGGGGUUUAUGGAAGCAAGGAAGAAGAAAUGAGAAGAGAGGAAGUUCCAAGACAGUUGGAUCAAAUUGUUAAAAAUUGGGUGAAGCAAUUAACAGAUCAACGAGGAUACAAUAAUCAAAUGGUUGAACAAGCAAAUGCCAUCAUUUUUACAAUUGGUUCUCAGCGAUUAGGGGUUAAUGGACCUGGAGCUGAUAUUGACACAUUAUGUGUUGGCCCUUCAUAUGUCAAUAGAGAGGAGGACUUUUUCGUCAUUUUACAUGACAUUCUGGCCAAAAGAGAAGAAGUCAGUGAGCUACAAGCUAUUCCGAAAGCUCAUGUUCCAGUUAUGAAAUUUAAGUUUAAUGGGAUAUCUGUUGACCUUCUAUAUGCAAGUAUAUCAGUACUUAUAGUUCCAGAAGAUUUGGAUAUAUCCAACGUCUCGAUGUCGUUAUAUAAUGUUGAUGGAUGUACUGUUCGAAGCCUUAAUGCUUGUAGGGAUGCUGAUCAGAUACUUGAACUUGUUCCUAAUGUUGAGAAUUUUCGAAUAACUCUAAGAUGCAUAAAGCUUUGGGCUAAGACUCGCUGUGUAUACUCAAAUGUUAUCGGAUUUCUUGGGGGUAUUAGCUGGGCUUUACUUGUAGCUCAUGUCUGCCAAUUGUUUCCAAAUGCUUCACCUAGUAUGUUAGUCACUCAUUUCUUCAAAGUCUAUUCACAAUGGCGUUGGCCAAAUCCUGUCAUGUUGUGUUCAAUAGUGGAUGAUAAACUAGGCUUUCUUGUUUGGAAUCCAUGCAAGAAUCAAAAUGAUAGAACUCAUCAAAUGCCAAUCAUUACACCAGCAUAUCCAAGCGUGAAUUCUAGUUAUAAUGUAUCAAAAAGUACCCUCAGAGUUAUGAAUGAGCAGUUCCAGUUUGGCAACAAAAUUUGUGAGGAGAUUGAUCAGAACAAGGCUAGUUGGAGUGCAUUAUUUGAACCUUACCAAUUUUUUGAUUCAUACAAGAAUUUUCUUAAGGUUUCCAUAGUUGCCAACGAUGCUGAUGAUCUGCGUAUUUUGAAGGGCUGGGUGGAAUCUCGUUUGAGGCUUUUGACUCUUCUGAUUGAGUGGGAUACAAAUGGGAUGUUGCAAUGCCACCCAAAUCCUACUGAGUAUAUUGAUUCUUCUAAGCAGCGUCCACAUAGAUUUUUUUUCCUGGGAUUACGGAGAAAAGAAGGGUUCAAGGUUGAAGAAGAACAACAAUUUGACCUACAAGAAACUAUAGAAGAAUUUAAAGAUCGGGUGAACGUGUUUAGGUCGUGGAGACCUGGUAUGGACUUUUUUAUUUCCCAUGUUCUAAGAAAGCAACUCCCUUCAUUUGUAUUUCCAGAAGGCUAUAGGAAACCUCAGCCUUCACAACAAACUACCCCACAAAUCUUUGAGAAAGGUUUCAAUGGAAAAAAAUGUAGUGGAGGGUCUUUAGAGAGAAAACUUAAGAUAAAAAUGGACCUUACAGAAAUCAUAGAUGAGGCAUGA